AUGUUGCCCAUAGGGAUUAGUUUAAGAAAAUGUAUCCACUUGGAAAGCAGAUGUGCGUCUACAGUUGCCACUGCAUAUGCGAAGAUGGUCGAGGACCAUUUCUUUGACAGGGAUGAGCAUCAGAUCUCAAUCAUUUCUCACUUUGAUAGUCUUUUGGAUUCCUUGAAAACAUAUGAAAUUAACCGCAAUAAGAGGAGACGGACGAGAUUUCUCGGUUCAUGGAACAUAUUCCAGUUACUGGGAGGAAAUCCUUUGAACAAGACAAGGAACGCGUCCACUUUCACUCGUUCAUGCAGGACGUCCACAGAAGGGAAACAUGUGAAAACUGCUCCUCAAGGAAUCUAUCUGUGGGGUACUGUCGGUUGCGGGAAAACUACACUGAUGGAUUUGUUUUUUGAUUGCUGUCCAUUCGAAGACAAGGAACGCGUCCACUUUCACUCGUUCAUGCAGGACGUCCACAGAAAUAUGCAUAAUUUGAAAAUGGCUCAUCAUGGUGAGCGGGGCACCUUUGACCCGGUGCCGCACAUUGUCGACGAUAUCAUGGAAAGAUGUAGGCUUCUGUGCUUCGAUGAGUUUCAGGUCACUGACAUUGCGGACGCUAUGAUACUAAAAAGAUUCUUUUCUUUGUUAUUUGAUGAGGGUCUCGUUGUUGUUGCGACUUCGAAUAGACCUCCCAAAGACUUGUAUAAGAAUGGAUUACAACCUCAUUUUCUUUCUCAUCUCGGAGGUGUUCGUAAUCGUGAUGGAUGUUUUUGUAAGAACAAAUGCCGUACACUCAGUCUGGAUUCCGGUAUCGACUACCGACGAGUUGGAAGCGCAGAGGCCGAUACAUUUUUUGUUCGCUCAAAAAAUGGUGAUGUAAAUCAGCACUGUGAUCGUGUAUUCAAGGAACUAAUUGCUCAUGAAACAGACAGAGUUCGCACAAAAACGCUCAAUAUCUUGGGGCGAACAGUGGAGGUGAAGAAGUGCUGUGGUGGAGUAGCGGAUAUCGACUUUGCUGAUUGGUGCGAGCGGCCGUGCGGUGCUGCUGAUUAUCUGGUGCUCGCUCGAGUCUUUCAUACCAUUAUACUUCGCAACGUACCUGUGCUAACCAGGUCCAAAUUAAGUGCAGCAAGACGUUUCAUCACGAUGAUAGAUACCUUUUACGAUCAAAAGGUAGGGAAUGAUUCCAGUCAGUCAAGAUACAGACGUAAGUCGUUUGAGUAA